GCAGCUGGGGCCGAUUUUCAGUUUGAUUUUGACAGUGGCCGCGUUCGGUUGUCGGCGAGUUAACGGCGCGCCCUACGAGAGCCGCUUUAAAGGCCACAAAGCCCAGCUUUUACUUAAGUCGCGAACAACAAAGCAUACAAUAAAAAACACAAGAGCAGAAGCAGCGUUAAAAGUGUUCAAUUUGUUUCGUUCAAGUUUUUAGUUGUUUGUGUUUUAUUCUGUUUUUCCCACCUUUGUUUUGUGCCCAUUCUUUCGUUUACACGUUAUCAACGCUCUCUUGUAACACACGGCAACAACAAGCGCGAAAGUUUAUGUUUAACCAAAAAAAGAGGAGAAUAAAUAAGGAAAAAAAAAACGAAACGAAAAGAAAAGAAAGCAAAGAAAAGAAAUGAAAUGAAAAAAAGCUGCAUCGGUUAUCAGACGCUGACAAUUAUAUAGACCUGCAUAUAAAUACAUAAGCAAGACAGCUAGACGGCAAGACAGCAAGAGGAAGAGAAGCAACAACGUGUGUCCGCGUUAUCAGGCAACGAACAAAAAAAAACAAAAACAGAAAGCCAAAAGCGACCUCAAAAGAAAAAUAAAGGUAGCAGCAUAGCGUUGUUGUUGUUAUGCCGAUGACUUCCAGCGUAGUUGUCACCAACAACAACAACAACAAUAACACGAACAACAACAGCAACCAUUACAACAAACGGAGCUACAGCAUCGACAACAAUCUGAAAUUGACAGACAAAGCCAUCGAUUCUGUGGUUUGCGCUGAAUCUUUAAAGGAAUUGUGAGUUGGAAGCGAAGUGAAUUUAUUGCAAAAUACCAAAUGAAAACCAAGAAAAACAACAGCAGCAACAACAACAACAGCAACAACAACGACAGGAACACACUUGCUGAGGAACAAUUGAAGAAGUUUCGACCUCGCAGUCAUACGUACAAGUGUCUCAAUCACAAUCCGCUAAUCAUAAAUCCAAAAUUGAAUCUGAAUUCGUGACGCAUUAAAGUGCGAAAACGUCGAAAAAGUUGCAUCGAAGUAAUAACUACUGAGAGAUAAAGAGAGACGCAAGUUCAAGUUGUGGUUGACGACGUCGUUUCUCUUAGCUUUUUGCUUUCUGCCUUGAUUUUGUUGUUUUUGGCAACGAAAGCGACGCACACCCACCGAACAGCAGCAGCAGCGACAGCGACUGUUGCAUGCACUUUUCGUUGUUGUUGUUAACGUUUCAAACUCACUGCCAAAGCGGCUACCUUAAUUGCCCUGACAGCAGCAGCAGCAGCAGCAGUGACGACGCUAUAAACCAACCGAAAACAAAAAGCCAGCAAGUGAAAACUUACUGAAAAGCAAGCUGACUCAAAGAGAAAGAGACAGAGGGAGAAAGAGAGAGAGAGCAGCAUUAAGCCAAAUCUAGAUUGUGAAUGACAAAGAGCCAACUCCUUCAGUUGUUGGCCAGCUACAAAAACAGCAACUUGGCUCACACGUUUCCUUUGAGCAGCAACUGGAACUGGUAUUUUCCUUCAUUAUAUUAUCCGCCAUCAGUGAGUGCAGCAAAUCACACACACACACUCACACACACACAGAUACUUUUACACACAAAUGUAUUCGGCUGUUGAUUAUUACCCGGAAAUGGGACAAAUCUCUCAAGAUACUGACGGUGUGUCUUACCUGCUUAUCAACAAGUGUUAUCAGGCCAAGGAGCUUGUCUGUCUGCCUCUUUAUAGUUCGCUUAUUGUCGUAGUUCUCAUUGUUGUUGUUGUCGUUGCUGCUGCUGCUGCUUCUAUUACAUGCGAUAAUGUGCACCUAAUAAUUUGCCACACUUGCCAGUUGAUAGGCAGCGAAAGAGAGAGAGAGAGAGGUAAAGAGUGGCGGGAGAGGGAAGUGGGGAAUCGGGUUGCUGUCAUGUCUUUGUGUUUGCAUUUGCCUUUCUUUGUGUUGCCAUCAAUUGUUUGCAUUAUAUCAGUAGACAAAGUGUCGCAGCAAGUGCCAGUCUAUGCAGUCAGGGUAACAAAAGUCCAGGCAAAGAGUCACGCCAGCCGAGCACCCACACAUCAACACACCAACACACACACACACUCACACAUGCAGACUCAUUUUGAGUGUUCCUCAACAGAUCUUGACAUGGAUGAUCUCGAUGAAUGUGAUCAAGUUACACAAGUUAUUGGCUAUCAUCCGCGCUAUCGCGAUCACUUUCUGCGCACGCAGAAUUUCAUCAUGAAAGGCGAUGGACCGCUGCCCUAUGCUUAUAGAUACUAUUUGGCCAUAAUUGCUGCCGCACGCCAUCAAUGCCCGUACCUGGUGAAGCGCUACGAGAAGGAGUUCCUCAAUCAGGGCGGCAAUAGAGAAUGGCUGAACGGAGUGGACUAUAUACCCGCCAAAUUACGUGCCAUAUAUGAUAUAAAUAAAAUAUUAGCACACCGACCCUGGCUGUUGCGGAAGGAGCAUAUCGAGCGUCUGACCAAGGGCAAAAAUAGUUGGUCAUUGUCGGAGGUGGUGCAUGCGAUGGUCUUAAUAUCGCAUUUCCAUUCGCUAUCCUCAUUUGUGUUCUCCUGCGGUCUUACACAGAAGCUCGACGGUUUGUCUAGUCCCAAAUUGAAAGGUGCGCCCGUGUCGCUCGAUCCAGCGACUCGCCAGACGACACCAGCCCCAUCCACCCCCCAGAUACAACUCCAACAACAGCAGCAGCAGCAGCAGCAGCAGCAACUUCAACUCCAGCAGCAGCAACAGCAACAGAAAAAUGUUCUUGGCGAGAUAUCGUUGAACAAUGGCAGUGGCAGCAGCAGCAUUGGAGUUGGCAUCAACGGUGGAGCAACAGACAAUAAAGGGAAUGCAGCUAGCAACGGUUUUGGCCAGCAUUAUUUGGCAACGGCACAGCAACAGCCGCAACAGCAUGGCAUCUCGGUGGAGGCCUUGAUGGAGCGCAUGAAGGUCUUGUCCCAGAACCAGGACGAAUGCAGCGAGGCCGAGCUAAGUAAUCGCUUCAAGAGCGUUGAGCUGCAGACCGCUGAGCUGGCAGCCGUUACGCCCGAGGCUACUGUUGCCUUGCCUCCCAUUAUUUCGCACUAUGUGGACGAUCCGAAUUUCACAUAUGAGGAUUUCGCACGACGCGGUGCCGAGAAUAUAAACACGUUUCGCAUACAGGACUAUUCGUGGGAGGAUCAUGGCUAUUCUCUAGUGGAUGGUUUGUACAACGAUGUGGGCACUUUUCUGGAUGCCAAAUUUCGAGCUGCCUAUAAUCUGACGUAUUUCACCAUGGGCGGCAUUAAGAAUGUGGAUACAUCGAAGUUUCGUCGUGCCAUUUGGAACUACAUUCAAUGCAUUUUCGGCAUACGACACGAUGACUACGAUUACGGUGAAGUUAAUCAGUUGCUUGUGCGUCCGUUGAAAAUGUUCAUAAAGACAGUCUGCUGUUUUCCGGAGCGCAUUACCACCAAGGAUUACGAUAGUGUGCUCGUCGAGCUGCAGGACAGUGAAAAGGUUCAUGUUAAUCUAAUGAUAAUGGAGGCCCGUAAUCAGGCCGAACUACUCUAUGCUUUGCGCGAGAUAAUGCGCUAUAUGACUUGAUCUCAUUAAGUGAUUAAUAUAUCUAUAUCUAUACAACACACACACAACAUAUAAUAUAUACACCAUACAAUAUACAUAAAUAUAUAUAUAUAUACAUACACACGCAUAUAUAUAUCAAAUACUUAGCCGAGCUGACGAAAACCUUUCUAAUUUUGAAUGAGCAUUAAAAAAGAGCAGAAGGAAAACGAGUUAAAUAACAAUUACAAUAUCAGCUUUUUGAAUUUGUGCAAUGUCUAUUGAUUGAUCCAGUAUAAUCAGCAAACAAAAAAAAACAGAAAUUGUCAAUGUCCAGUUUAAAUACAAUUCAAUAGUCUGUGUCUAUGAUAUUAAAUGUGUUACACUUGCAACAUAACCAAGUAAAUACCAGUUUACCCUAUGGAAAUCAAUAUUUAUGUAAUCGAAUUUUAAGAUUUGAUUAUUAGUUCUGUUUCUUUUAAAAAAUGCUUGCAACAAUCACUGUACAUAUGUAUUAUGUUUUGUUAAAAUAUUUUAGUGAAAUAAACACAUUUUUAUUUUAA